AUGGUAGGGCUAGACACAGACCUCAACCGGGACGAUGAAUGCGACAACAUUGGCUUAGGAUGUGCUUUAGAGCACUUUUCAGAGAUAGAAGAUGUAUUGAACAUGAUUGAUAAUGUUAAAAAUAUAUAUAAUACACCAGCUUUGGAGGUAGAAUAUGAUAGACUGUAUGCAAUCUUGAAGCAAUACUAUGAACAACCACAUCUACUUGAUCCCCAUUUAGACAAGAUGUUAUCGAAGUUCCUGAGUCUAAUUAAGGAUAAAGACUCUCCGUUUGAGUUGAAGCACGCUACAUUUAAUUAUAUGUAUCAAAUCAUCAGAGUAAGAGGAUACAAGAUUGUUAUAAGACAUCUUCCACAUGAGGUGUCGGAUCUCCUAACAGUAUUAACAUUCCUGGAGGCUCAAGAUCCUAAAGACAAGGAGACAUGGAGGAGUAGAUUUGUGUUGUUGUUGUGGCUCUCUAUUGUUGUGAUCAUUCCUUUCCACAUGAGUCGGCUUGAUGGGUUUGCUCCUGGACAGCCAGAUGUUGCCGAAGGAUCAAAGAAACUGACUGUCAUGGAGAGAAUUUUCAAUAUUUGUAAGACUUACGCUAUGAGUAAGGACUCCUGUGCUGAAGCUAGUGCUUACUUAGCUUCCAAGUUUCUUAUAAGAUCUGAUGUAAAAGAGCUAUACAUGGGUGCAUUCUUCGAUUGGGCUUGCGAUCUACAUUCCAAUUUACAAGAAGAGGAAACCAUUCACUAUGGUGUGUUAGCCGCUGUUGCAGCUGUACUGAAACAUGGCAAGAGAGAUGAUCUGCUACCAUUGGCUCCGAAGCUCCUGACUUGGGUGACGAACCAGAACUAUCAGCAACAUAAAGCUAUGCUGGUUAGGAAGUAUGGUGUGAAGAUUGUGCAGAGAAUAGGUCUGACAUUCCUCCGUCCGCGCGUAGUAUCGUGGCGUUACACGCGUGGUUCCCGCUCAUUGGCUGUAACGCUCGGCGGUGGAGUUGCGGCCGCUGGCGAUACUGAACCUAUCACUUCUCCACCUGAUGACGAUGAUCAGGAUAUUCCUCAGGAGGUGGAAGACGUAGUAGAACUACUACUAUGUUCCCUGCGCGACGAUGACACCGUGGUGCGAUGGUCGGCAGCUAAAGGCGUCGGUCGUAUCGGCGCCCGUCUGCCCGCUCUCGCGGCCGCCGACGUAUGUGACAGUGUACUCUCGUUGUUCGCCGAAAAUGAACGAGAGACUGCCUGGCAUGGAGGAUGUAUGGCGUUGGCUGAACUAGCUCGUCGCGGUCUCCUGUCCCCUGCGCAGGUGGGGCAGGGCGUGGGCAGCGUGGUGAGCGCGCUGCGGCGCGACGAGGCGCGCGCGGCGGCGGGCGGCGGCGGCGGCGGCCGCGCGGCAAGGGACUCCGCCUGCCACGCCGCCUGGGCCUUCGCGCGGGCAUACGACGCCGCCGCACUCGCGCCAUACGCAAAACCUCUCGCCUUCGCGCUCAUUAGCACUGCUUGUUUUGAUAGAGAGAUCAACUGUCGUCGCGCCGCCUCAGCCGCUUACCAAGAGAACGUAGGUCGUCACGGCAUGUUCCCUCACGGCAUCAACGUCCUCACUACGGCAGACUUCCAAUCUGUGGGUCCACGGAACAACGCCUACCUCGUCAUUGCCCCACAAGUGGCCUCAUACCCCGAGUACACUCAGCCACUCAUAGACCAUCUCGUUGAACUGAAGGUUGAACAUUGGGACUGUGCUAUAAGAGAAAUUGCCGCAAAAGCACUUAAUAAGUUGACGGAUAAGAUACCGGAUUACGUAGCAACGGUUGUACUACCGAAAUUGGUGAAAAAGACUGAGUCCAUUGACCUGAAUGUUAGGCAUGGAGCCAUCUUAGCUAUCGGGGAAGCUAUUUAUGCUCUCUCUCAAGCUGAACUACCCAAUGGUAAAAAGGCAGACUCCCUUCUGUCAGAAGACGUGUGUGUGUCGGUCCGCGGGCUGGUGGGCGCGCUCCGGGCGCGGCAGCAGUACCGCGGGCUGGGCGGGGAACUCAUGCGGCAGGCCUGCUGCCACUGCAUCGCCGCGCUGUCGCUCGCGGACCAACCGUACCAUGGACAUGAUAUUAUUGAUGAAUGGCUGAAUCUUAUCGAAGAAUGUCUAUCCCACGAAGUACAAGCCAUCAGAGAGAAGGCUAUCUACGCGUUACCUCUAGUUUUCGACCAUUACCUGCGUGAUGAUAACUUGAAGUACGGUGAGCUCACUGCUAAGGAGAAACGCAAGCAAUUAAUGGAGAAGUAUUGUGAACAGCUCAGCAAUACCGGUGUCAAUGGAUUGGUGCUGAGGAUGGGUUAUGCCAGGGCUGUUGGUUCCCUGCCAAAAUUUGUGCUAACGGAACAUCUAUCAAUGGUGAUCCAGGCCCUGAUUAACUGCACUAAAGUAACAGAAGGGACACAGAAGUGGGCCGAGGCCAGACGUGACGCAGUAGUGGGACUCACUGAAGUAUGUCAGACACAGGGCAUACUGGGGGGCGUGCGGGACUAUGUGGAGGGGAUUAUACACGCGUUACUUGACUGUUUGGCUGAGUAUACUAUCGACAUGAGGGGGGAUAUCGGCGCUUGGGUGCGAGAGGCUAGUAUGACUGGUUUGCUAUCUAUCAGCCGCCAGUGCGCAAUAGAAGCCCCGGAACUGAACAGUCCGGCGGUAGUGUCGGCCGUCAUGUGUGGAGUGGCCCAGCAAGCUGUGGAGAAGAUUGAUCGGACGCGGGCACACGCUGGGAGGAUCUUUACAUCGCUUAUAUACAAUGACCCACCAAUCACGAACAUACCUCACCAUGAUGCCUUGAAACGCAUAUUUCCAUGUGAAGAAGUGGAACUGAAGCCUCCAGCGAAGGAAAUAGAGGAAGAUCAAACAAUGACCAGUGAGAACACUAACGUAGUACUGUGGCUCUUCCCCGGGCAUACGAUGCCCAGAUUCGUACAAUUGUUGAAUUAUCCGGACUAUCGGUAUAAUGUUAUCAAGGGACUGGUUGUCAGCGGUGGCGAGUUGACUGAGAGCUUGGUAAAACACACAACUCAGUCUCUCUACGCCUACCUCAACACAUUGCAUGAUAACAAAGAAAUGUUGAAGUCAAUAUGCGACACCAUCAUCAAAGUAUUUGCUGAUAAUCUCCACGUCAAGAGGAUAACUGGACCUAUGUUCAAUUUCUUGGAUCGAUUGUUGAGUUCAGGUUCUAUAUCACCAAUACUAGAGGACCCUGAGUCGACGUUCGCUAUGGACAUACUGAAGCAUUUGCAACUGGAACUUCGAGGUGGAAAGAACAUCUACAAGCUAUUAGAUUCUAUCAAUGUUUUAUGUCAACUUAUUCAGGUGGGUGGAGUAGUUUGCAGUAGGUCGCUAGGCCAGCUAGUGAUAUACCUGUGCUACGCGGACCGCUACGUGCGUCGUUGCGCCGCGGCCAGGCUGUACGAGGCACUCACUCUCUACGGAGACGUCUGCUCCGUGCCACAGGAUAAUAUCGACCAGAUAAUGUCAGUGCUCGCAGAAACGGACUGGGAGAGAGAGGUAUCAGAACUUAGACCUAUAAGGAACGAGCUGUGUGACCUCAUGGACAUAAAGAGACCAGUCAUGAAACAAAAAACGGGAGCGUAA